AUGCCCUCUCCUGUUCUUUUUAGCCCCAUGACACGAAUCAACAUCCAAACAGUUUUCAAUCAGAUUCUCUUUAUCUAUCUAUCUAUCUAUCUAUCUAUCUAUCUAUCUAUCUCAGUCUAUAUAUAUCUCAGUAUCAAUCAGAGUCUGUUCAUCUCACUCUCUAAUAACUUCUGUUCAUUAUUCAUCUAUCUAUCUAUCUAUCUAUCUAUCUAUCUAUCUAUCUAUCUAUCCGAGUCUGUUCAUUCAUCUAUAUAUCUAUAUCUUAAUCUAUUCAUAUCAUUAUCUAUCUAUAUCUAUAUCUAUCUAUCUAUCUAUCUAUCUAUCUAUCCGGAGUAUCUAUCUAUCUAUAUCUAUCUUUAUCUUAAUCUAUUCAUAUUCAUCUAUCUAUCUAUCUAUCUAUCUAUCUAUCUAUCUAUCUAUUCUAUUCAUAUCUAUUCCAGUCAUUUUCAGUCAUUAUUAUCUAUUUAUAUCUUAAUCUAUUCAUAUCUAUCUAUCUAUCUAUCUAUCUAUCUAUCUAUCUAUCUAUCUAUUCAUAUCUAUUUCAUUCAUUUUCUAUUUAUCUGUCUUUUUCAUAUCUAUCUAUCUAUCUAUCUAUCUAUCUAUCUAUCUAUCAGUCUAUUCAUAUCUAUUCCAGUCAUUUUCUAUUUAUCUGUCUUUUCAUAUCUAUCUAUCUAUCUAUCUAUCUAUCUAUCUAUCAAUUUCAAUUUGUUCAUAUGCAUCUAUCUUAAUUUCACUCUCAGUGUUUCUCUUUCUGUCUCUCUCUGUCUAAAAUGUCAAUAUUAA